ACCUCAUCGUUUUAGCUUUACUGAUUAAAGGGUUUUUUACUUCAUUGAUGGAUUUACCUUAAUACUAAUAGUUAUUUAGACGAAAUUAGUGAUGAUAGCUACGAUGAUUUUUACUCCGAUGUGGGCUAUGAACCUUCUCAUCUUAGCAACAACUACAAUCAAAAAUUUUAUGACACCAGUUUGAACACUAAGAAAAAAUCAACCCCGAAAACAAAUCCUCCUGCUCCAGCUAAAACAGCUGCAAGUACGAAGAGUUCUGAAUCCGGAAAAAGCAAAUCUAGGAAAUCAGCAUCACGUCAUAAUACUGCUACAUGCGCUAGCUCUGCCAAAAAUGAACCAAUUUCAGAUCAAAUGAGGAAGAAAUGGGACAGAGAAGCUGAGGGGGCUGACUACGAAUCAACACAAGAGUUGUUUUCAGGUCUAAACAUAGAAACAAAAACUGUUAGUUCAUCGCUAAAUGGACAUAAUUUUGAGAGCUUCAAGCCGUCAUCCGAAGACGAUUUUAUAGAUUUGGCGAAAUAUUUGUUAGACCAUCUUACUGUUUACAAGUCUUCCUACCAUUACAGAGCCUUUGUUAAAAGUCUUCUAGAUGGGCUAGUUUCGAAUAUGGUGUAUAACGAUUCUGUGGAGGUCCUAAAAGAUUUGUCUCACAAAGUUUCUGAAAAAAGAUCGAAACUUGAAGCCCAAGGACAAGAAUUUACGCAGAAGCCUAUUGACUCAUUAAACAGGAUAGAUGAUGAUGACUCUUUUAUUUGAAAAUGGCCGCAGCCCCACCAUUUGACUUUUACUGCAACAGCACUUAGCAUUCGUAAAGCAUAAGCACCCUUGAUUCUUUGAAAGAAGUAAUGAAUCAUUCUGCUGAUUUUGAUGCAGAUAUAUUAUUGAUAAAUCGAAUCUACCAACAUUGAAAUUUCUCUCUCCUUGCAAUGCUGAAAAAAACUGAAAUCAAGCUAAACCUUUUUAUAACAAUUUGUAAGCUUUACAAAACAUUUUCAAAAGAUAGGCUUUUU